AGACCAAAGCGGCCCAAAGGUAGUUAGGGUUUCGUUCUAGAGCAGAUAUAAAUUCACAUUUUCUCCUCCCUAGGGUUCUAGCGAGCGAGGAUUGGAGCAGAAUCAGCAGAGUCUCUUUGAGAGCGGCGAGAGCGAGACGCAACCGGCGGCGAUUUCGUCAAAAUGGUGAAGUUUCUCAAGCCGAACAAGGCCGUGAUCGUCCUCCAGGGCAGGUACGCCGGCAGGAAGGCGGUGAUCGUGAAGUCGUUCGACGACGGCACCCGCGACCGCGCCUACGGCCACUGUCUGGUCGCAGGGAUCAAGAAGUACCCGGCCAAGGUGGUCAGAAAGGAUUCGGCCAAGAAGACGGCGAAGAAGUCCCGCGUCAAGUGCUUCGUCAAGCUCGUCAACUACAGGCAUCUGAUGCCCACUCGCUACACGCUGGACGUCGAUUUGAAGGACACUGUCACCCUCGACGCGUUGCAGACCAGGGACAAGAAGAUCGCCGCCGCCAAGGAGACCAAGGCGAAGUUCGAGGAGAGGUUCAAGUCCGGCAAGAACAGGUGGUUCUUUACCAAGCUCGAUUGUGUCAAGGUCUUACCACAUGCAAUGUUUUGGUCCAUUUGGAACGAGCGAAACAACAGAGUUUUUUGCGAUUUGGAAGCUACACAGUCUGAGGUCUGUAGUAAGAUUGUUCAGAUGGUUGGCAGGUGGUUGUGAGCUUUUCGACUUAUUUCUGAUGAUUAUUUUCAGCAACGGUUGAGGAUUCUGGCAGAGUGAGUAAAGUCGACUCAUCGUUGUAUCAAUUUUCUUCUUCUUCUUUUUCCUCUUUCAUUUUUAGUGCUC